UAGCAAACGUGCGAAGGAAAUAUAGUAAUAGCAAGAAUUGGGCAACUACGUCAAUGCCUUAAAAAGUGCUGCGACCAUGUCUCUUUUCUUGCGAGGCUCUGGUACAUUCGACCUCAAGUCGGAGUAGGAUUGGUGGUACGACUGCUUCGAAGUUCGUAGGAAGAGUCUACGUAUAAUGAAGAAUCCGCUCAUUAUUUUUUGUUGAUGUUACUGAGUUAUUAAUAGGAUACGCCAAAAAAUUGACUGAAACAGAAUAAAUUAAAGAGGCUAUCGGUAAAAAUGGCGCAUAUGGAUACAGUCUGUAACGGUGGAGGUUAUGCAACCCUAAGGAAGCUACCGGAUGCAAUGCUUGUGAUGACUCCAGAGGCCCAUGCUUCAGAGACGAACUGCAGAGAGAGGAAACGGGGGAAUGAAACAAAAGGCACGUUGCUCUGCAACGGGUAUUCUCAACUGACGUCAGAAGUGCGUGCUCCUCUAUCAAGUGUGGAGAGUCCUUCUGUUCCUAUCGACAGAAGCACCGCGAUCCUGGAAUUCUAUCGGGAUGCCAACGUGCUGAUCACUGGUGGGACUGGCUUCAUGGGCAAAGUGCUGAUGGAGAAACUGCUCCGGUCCUGCCCACAUCUCAGAAACAUUUACCUGCUGGUCCGUAAGAAGAAAGGGAAAGACGUGGAUACCAGAAUUCAGGAGGUCUUCGAGGACCCGCUAUUCGAGAGGCUGAAAGCUGAACAGCAUGGCUUCAGAGAAAAGGUCCUUAUUAUAGAAGGGGACUGCUCAGAGCCGGGUCUGGGUUUGAGUCCCGGUGACAGACAGAGAAUCGUGGAACACAUUGACGUCGUGUUCCAUGUAGCAGCGACUGUUCGGUUUGACGAGAAGCUGCCGGUUGCCGUGGCUAUCAAUGUGGCGGGCACUCGGGAGUUGCUGCUGCUCUGUUACGACUGUCCCAAAAUUAAGGCGGUGGUUCAUGUAUCUACUGCAUACUCCCACUGCAACCUCUCGGACAUCGACGAAGAGUUUUACGAUCCUCCAAUCACAGGGGACAGAAUUAUCAGCGUGGUCGAGAGUCUGGAUGAGGACACUCUCACUACCAUCACCCCCAUGUUGCUGCGUGCUUGGCCGAACACAUACGCCUAUACAAAAGCAAUCGCAGAGGACACGGUGAGGACCGUUGGCAAGGAUCUCCCCAUCGGAGUGUUCAGACCUUCCAUCAUCCUGUGCACGAGAAGUGAACCUGUACCUGGGUGGAUUGACAACCUGUACGGACCCACGGGGGCUGUGGUGGCCGUCGGUCUUGGGAUGCUUCGGACUAUGCACAUUAAUGGGAAGUUCGUGGGAGACAUGGUUCCGUGUGACAUGGCCGUCAGCGCACUGGUGGCUUCUGCCUGGGAUAUACAGCAGCGACGAAGAUCUGACAACGGAGUGAUUCCAAUAUACAACUACGUGUCUUCUUGCGAGAAUCCGAUUAGCUGGGGCAACUACAUUCACAAGAAUAUAGAGCACAGUUGGCAGGUACCUUUCGAAAAAUCUGUGUGGAUGGUGACCCUAACCGAGGCACAUAUGCAUUUCUUGUACAGAAUUUAUGCACUGUUCAUUCACCUUCUGCCGGCAUUUGCGAUAGACAUCGUACUGUUCGGACUAGGACGAAAACCAAGGAUGAUGAAGACGUACGAGAAACUGCACAAGUUUACGGGAGUAAUAUCAUAUUUCUGCACUCGCCAGUGGAAGUUCUCCAACCAGAAUGUGAAGAGAAUGUGGAGCGAGAUGAGCGAAGAGGACCGAGAGAUUUUCGACUUUAAUAUCGGAAACCUGAACUGGGACAAGUAUUUAGGCGAAGGUCUCAUGGGUGUCCGUACCUUCGUGCUCAAGGAUGACCCCAAGAAACUCCCAGAAGCCAUAAAGAAGAGAUACAGGUUGUACUGGCUACAUCAGUGCCUCAAAUUCACGCUGGUUUGCCUAUUUCUGUGGCCGUGUUGGCUGACCGCUAGGUACUUCUUUCGGUUGGUGGGAGGGACUGCCACAGUCGGCAAAAAAUUCAUACUCUGAACAAACGCCUGCCCCUUGCAUUGUACAAAGUCGCUGAAUUUUGGUUUGGUGCAUGUCUAAACCGAACUUAAUCUCCUACAGAAAAGAAAUACAUGAAUGAAAUCAGUACACUGGUGAGAUAUAUUUUUAAUUUGUUAAAUUAUUUUGACCAAAUAUAAAAUAAAGUUUUAAUACUUGGCAGACAUAAAUGAAGAGUCAAACUGAAUUUGCAAAUAAGAUCUAAAAGUUUGUGACAGAAGUGUAUUAAUACAGCUAUUGUGUUUCUGGGCAUUAUCCAUUGUCCUGUUUAUAUUUAAAACACAACGUUUCGGAGACUGCAUUCUGUGUCCGUCUGUUGAUAGGGACAAGCUAUAUCGAUUGGGUCCAAGUGAGUAUGUUCCAGCUGAAGAUGGAAACAGAAUCCAGUCUUCGAAACGUUGUAUUUUAAAUAAAAACAGGACGAUGAAUACUGCCCAGAAACACAAUGGUUUGUACAAUUUGUACAAUUAUUUUUGUAUUAAUAUUUUACUUGUUUUAAAAUAAAAGAUGAUUCUAUCUGGA